AUAUCAGAGACCAGAGGACUUGCUGCCACCAAAGAGCGCUCCACCCAGUCCAAGAUACUGGACCUGGAGACUCAACUUAGCAGGACUACCUCAGAAAUCAACCAACUGCGACGCAGCAAAGAGGAGGUGGAGCGGAGGUACCAGAGCAGACUGCAGGAUAUGAAGGAUCGCCUGGAGCAGUCUGACAGCACCAACCGAAGCCUGCAAAACUACGUCCAGUUCCUCAAAGCCUCCUACACCAAUGUGUUUGGAGACUUGGCCCCUGGCAGCUCGCUACGGGCCCCUUCACCCAUCUGACAGCCCACCUGUCCAAGGUGUAUUUCAGCACACAUUCCAAAACAGUAUAGUGUCUUUAGCCUUUUACUAUUAGAUUGGCAAACAAGAGCUGGAGGCUGUGCAGAUGACAGGCUCCGCCAGCUGCCUGGUUGCCACUUACAUACCAUUAUCAACCAGCUGGAUGAAGAGAGACAGUAUCUUUUGGCUGAUAGUGGGGCUUGUAGAAGAAGUCCAGAUUUAUUUAGAACUGAAUUGGUAGACAGUUUAAUAUGUCAUUUGACAACGAAAUUUUAAUUCUAAAAAUGGCUCCUUUGUUCUUAAAGCCCUUAAAUGUAGGAUUUGUGUUUCGACACAACUUCUGCUGGUCAUGUCAAAACACAGUGACAGACAAAGACUAUAAAAUAAUGCAUGUAGUUACCAUGACGUCACCCUUUGGGUUUUGGACUAUGUUAAAGGCUCAAGUUUUGCGAGUUGGCUGUUGCCACCUUGUUUUGUUUGGAGCUAGAGAUGACCAUAUUUGAACAAGAGGCUCGAGCUGUGGAGGAGCGAGAGGUUGAUUUGAUCCAGAGGCUGUGGUGAGGUCUCACAGACACCCUGUCACCCAAACUGGCCCCGCCCUUAAUUCAUAUCUCAAAGCCUUAAUAUAACAUCAGCGGGUGAGUUAUACAAAAAAAUCACCUCCUCAUACAGUUGUCCUGAAUGCUGAAAUUAGCUACAGAGACCAAAAAUGUUUGCACCAGGCUGUAAACAUGUUUAUUUCUGCUGUAACGUGUUGGGUCUUUCAACAUGGUUGUCUGUGGGGAUUGACUUGCUUUUGGAGCCAGCCUCAAGUGGCCAUUGGAGGAACUGCAGUUUUUGGUACUUUGUGUUAGCUUCAUUUUUUUAGCCUGCUUGGUGACAGACAGUAAAUUUACUCUGCGUACACCCCUUUCCACCAUAAUUACAUGUAAACUGCACUCAAAGGGGUGGAAGUGAAGUGAAAGAAAAAGGCAGCAGGAGUGCUAACGGUGUCCCUCAAAUCAACGGUGCUCAACAAACAGAUGUCAAAAAUACACCAAAAAACUGCUGUGGCAAAAACUAAAAUCAUAAAUGUAAAUAAAAGAAAAUAAAAAUACACCAAUGCGUGUCAACUUGCGCCAUCCUUGUAGUUUUUUACCCUGAUGACAUGAGGGUUAUGUGGUUCACACUAACUGCACCAAGCACCUGUAAUUUGUAGCCCUUCAUCCAACCAACUCUCUCUUGCUGCUGCUUUUACCAUUAAUCAUUGUACCAUCCCGCUGUAAUUUUUAAAACGGCCUCGCAAGUCAGCACUAAUAUCAAUUAGAUAUUGCUGAAGAACAAAUGAAGCCUUACAGUGUUUAAUCCACUGCUGUGCAAAAAUGAGUUGUUAAAAGAGAAAGAGACAAAGAAAAGGCUGUGCUUGGUGCUGAGGACAUUUUGUAGUUGUUUUUUUGUUUGUUUUUCCUAUAUUUUCUAUUCCUUCAGAAUUUCUUUUUUCCGCUUCAAGACCAAACACCAAAUAUUGUCUUGUGUUUUCAGUCUUUUACAAAUGUUUUUUCACCAUAAUGACGCCUUGAAGCAUUUCAGAUUUAAUGUU